UAAAUUCGGGAAAUAAUCCGACACCGGGAGAACGACGGGAAGAAUAACCAAGAGGAUGACGGUACGAAAAUAGGAGAAAGGAAGAGGGCGAGGCCCCAGAGGAUGGUAUUGGGCAUGAUUGUUAGCACGAUUCCUCGAGGGGUGGGGGACACUGGAGGAAGAAGAAGCGACAUCGCCGUUGGUACGGGAAAGCCAAAGUCGGUGAAAGCAAAUAGAGACGUUCAAGACACUCCAGCUACCGCCACUUGUGACAGUCUGGUAGUUGUUCGGUAUUCCUGUGGCAGUGCUCGUCGUCAAGUUUCCACCCAAGUACUUGAAAAUGUCCUGAAGUCCCCACAUCGCGAUAUCAAUUAUUACCGAUGGAUUUUCAAUUACCAGAGGGCACGAAUUAGUGCAGACAUUUCCAAGUUGGAAAUGAUGAUCAUCCGAUCUGGCCCCAGGCCCCGGAGCUCUUCCCUGGCUGUUCUAGUGGUCCUUGUCCUGAUAAAUAAUGUUUCAAAGACCGAGGGAAGGGAUGUGCACCGAAACAGUGAUAACAGACUGGAGAGGAUUACCUCAGGGUGGAGCACGCGGAGGAGUUUCUUCCCAGUGGAGGGACAUCCCUGGGGCGAUGAUAUUCGUCGAUCAUCCGGGCCGAGGUCAUCCGCUCAUUCCAAUAAAAUUCACAGAAAGAAUCUCGAGAUUCAGAGUAAAAUGAUGGAAGAGGACAUGGAGACGGAGCUGGCGGAUCUCCAGUCGUUUGAGGCAGAGGCCGGUGGUCAAAAUGAACUUCAGAGUCUUCUGGCGAAUCUUCGGGGGCAGAGUGUCAGGGAGUUUGAGGAUGAGUAUGGGGAUGAGGCCAGGGGGAGACAUGGACGGAGAAGAAAAUUGUCCAGCCACGAGCAGGGGCUUCUCCUUGUUGAAACCCUCAGGAAAAAACGCAAUUACACCACCGAGGACAACCGCGGCCAUGCAACUCAUCUUCAUAGCGGGAUUAUGGAUAUGCUUGGGAGAAUGAUCCCUCAGACGUGCAAGUACAAGGGGGCUAGAUUCGAGUGCGGACUGAGCAUCAGCUGUGUCCUUGGGGGAGGAAGACCCGUUGAUUUGUGCUCCGGAGGACUCAUCUGGAGCUGCUGUGUCGACGACGAUGACAUUCCAGAAAAGGAGCCGCAAAGGCCCAGCGGCGUUGCGCUCCUGCAAAAUGCCACCUUCUUGGGCCUGUCGAAUCGUCCUUACGUAGACGAUGAUGUUCGUAUCUACGGUAGCCAGACUCGUCCGCAGCGUCCGAAUUAUCAUCACGAUCCAGUUGUUAAUGAAGAUCCAGGAAUUUACGAGCCAACGUAUUCAGCCUGGGAGCAGGAGCGUCCGAACGAGGUAUCACCCUACGACAGCUAUCCAAAUCGUCCAGAGGCCAGUCAUCCAAACUACUACCCCGACGAUGACUACGAGAUCAAUCGACCUCCUCAUCACGGCUGCGGAGAACUCUACACCAGGAGUAACAGAAUCGUUGGUGGACACAGCUCGAGCUUCGGCAGUCAUCCGUGGCAGGCGGCGAUAAUAAAGAGUGGAUUUUUAUCCAAGAAAUUAUCCUGUGGAGGGGCCUUGCUCAAUAAUCGAUGGGUCGUGACUGCUGCACAUUGUGUCGCAACGACUCCAAAUAACAAUCUCAAAGUGAGAUUAGGCGAGUGGGACGUACGAGACGCAGCGGAGAAAUAUCUCCACGAGGAGUACAACAUAGAGAGAAAAGAGGUGCAUCCGCAGUACUCACCCACGGACUUCCGGAAUGAUGUUGCACUGGUUAAGUUAUCCAGGGCGGUAGCUUUCAAGCAGCACAUUGUACCGGUCUGUCUUCCAGCUAGAAAUCUCAAGAUACAGGGAAGAACUGCUACUGUUGCCGGAUGGGGGAGGACCAGGCACGGACAGAGCUCUGCACCCUCGGUCCUCCAGGAAGUCGAUGUCGAGGUGAUACCCAACGAAAGAUGUCAGCGGUGGUUCAGAGCAGCGGGAAGACGAGAAACCAUCCACGACGUUUUUCUCUGCGCUGGAUAUAAAGAAGGAGGAAGAGACUCUUGUCAAGGGGACUCAGGGGGGCCCUUAACGAUGGCAGUGGAAGGUAGGCACGUCCUCAUAGGGCUUGUGUCCUGGGGCAUUGGCUGUGGACGCGAACACCUGCCAGGUGUCUACACGAAUAUCCAGAAAUUCGUACCGUGGAUAGACAAAGUGAUGAGCUGAAAUCCCUUUCCCGUUAUUUAUUCCCUCGAAUCGCCAGCCAACUUACCAAAGUCUAUUCACCCCUGAGACUUCUCAACCCAAUUCUUAUGUAGAUAUAUUUAAAAUUGUAUAGUUAUCUGUACUGUUGAAUCGUUGUAAGGACCAUGACGUUCAGAAAAUGCAUAUUUUAUUUACGUAAAUUUAUCAAUAAAUUAAUUAACAACAGCA